UUUUAUUUGAGUUUGAAAAUGCAUUUCACAAGUAUUAUUGCUGGCAUUUUGAUCCUUGGAUGUGUGGUUAUUAAUGGCCAAGCUCCUGACUGUCGACAGCUAAGGGAAACCUGCAAUAACUGCAUCCGAAUGCUCAAUAAUCCCAUUAACAAUGUGGAGUAUAUGAACGAAGGAUGUCGCGAGAAAGUCCGUGGCAGAUAUGUCUGGAAGAAUCAGACACGUUGCGAUCUUCAGGUUAUAGCUUGUGGAGCCCACAAGAAGAAAAUGGAUUGCCUGGUUAUUGCCGAACUGGCUGGCAUGCCCAGACGCUCUUAG